UGGUCUUGGUUGAGUUAAUGAUCCCACCACCGGCUGUGAGCAUCGCACUUUACUCCAUCCAAGCCAAGCAGAUCAGCAACUCACAUCUUCAGUCUGAUUUCACAUUCCCGCGUUUUUUUCUUCCUCUCCCACGAAAACGAAGGUGAAGUCGACGAAGAUGUUGAAGACGAAGACGUUGAAGACGAAAGCAUUCCAAGGCGCCAACGUGUUCAUGUCGCGAAACCUCGUGCCGCCCGAAGUGUUCGACGCGCUGCACGAUGCUGUUAAAGAUAACGGUGCUCAACUCCACCUCUGCUGCGAUCCCUCCCGUAACGGCCCCGACGAUUACCACAUCAUUGCUUCCAGUAAACACGAGAAGUUCGAUGAUCUCAAAUCCAAGGGCUGCAAGUUGCUCGGACCUAGAUGUGUUCUUUCGUGUGCCAAAGGUGGAAAGCCUUUGCCUAAACAAGGCUUCACUUGUUGUCUUGCCAUGGAUGGCGUCAAAGUACUUGCAUCUGGCUUUGAUACGGAAGAGAAGGUUAAGAUAGAAGAGUUAGUGGCUGAAAUGGGGGGAGUUCUACACACUAAAACAUCGUUGGAUUUGAACUUUGUCAUUGUGAAAAAUGUUUUAGCUAGGAAGUACAAGUGGGCUUUGAAUGAAUUGAAGAAACCAAUAGUCACAUAUGAAUGGUUAAAACAAUGCUCGGAGGAGCAUCGUGUUGUUCCUCAAGAGUCAUACAAGGUCCUUCCUUUCUCUGGGUUAAAGAUUUGUGUUACUGGAAUUCCUGCAGAUGUUCGUAAAGAGAUGGAGAAGCUUAUUUUACAAAAUGGUGGAAAAUACUCCGCAGAAUUGACGAAGAAUUGCACACAUUUGAUUUCUGAGGCUCCUCAAGGUGACAAGUACAAGGUAGCAAAACGAUGGGGCCACAUUCAUAUUGUGAUAAGGAAAUGGUUUGAUCAAUCAAUUGCUCGAAGAGCAUGUCUGAAUGAGGAGUUCUUCCCUGUUCAGCAUGGAUCUGUAUCUUCACAUAAAGUAACUAGGGACUUAACAAUGCAACAUAGCCAAGAAAAGGAUAUCGGGAAAUUGCAAGGUGCGGCAUCCUCAGGUACUACAGAUUCAAGUGUGCGAGCUUCUUGUGCUGAGCUCAUUGAUAGAGAUCAUGAAGCUAUGCCAUCAGAAUGUAUGUCCUCUGUUCCACAAACCCGUAUAUUUGCUAAGGAGGCAGAUGCUGAAGCUCCAUUGCAGACCAGUGGUGAAUUGAACCUUGACAAUGUUGUUGCUGAUGAUUCUGAAUCUGAUGAUAAUGGCUUGUACUUAUCAGAGUGCAGAAUAUUACUAGUUGGUUUUGAAGCUUUAGAAAUGCGGAAACUAAUUAAUAUUGUGCGCAAAGGUGGAGGCUCUCGGUAUAUGUCUUUUAAUGACAAAUUGACACACAUAGUAGUUGGGAAUCCUACUGAAAAGGAAAAGAAGGAUGUGAGGAGUCUUGCUGCUUUAGGUGUAAUUUAUGUUGUUAAAACCUCAUGGCUUGAAGAUUGUGACCGUAAAAAGAAAGAAGUCCCUGUGCUUAGGAGACACAUUGCGUAUGAUCUACUUCAUCCAAAAGCAAGCUUGGUAAAAGGAGAUGUAACAGAAAGCACAUCAAUGGAUCACAGUAAAAGCUCCAGCUGUCAUCAAAGCUCGCAUCAGGUGGACUUUGAAAUUGUGAAGCCAGAAUCUUUGGAGAAAAGAAAAGAAGAGAUAAAAGAUAUGGAUAUAAAUGGUCACUCAUUCCGUAAAGCAAAUUGUAGAACUAUGUUGCAAGAUCAACUUCCUGAUAAUAAAUUGAGCACACAAAGAAUGAGCCAGCAUGACUUCAGUGUUCAAAAUGAAAAAUCAGCAAAUGUUUUCAGAGGGAAACUGUUUUGUUUUUCAAAUUUGUUUCCUGAAGAAAAGAGAGGUGAGAUUGUUCAAUGGAUAAAUCAAGGGGGAGGAGAGGUAAUUAGUGGGCAAGCAAAACAGAUUGUCCGCUAUACUGUUGAGUGUCAUGGUGUAACACCCAUGUUGGCUGGUGAUUCCAAGAGUUUGUAUGUUUCCAGUCACUGGAUACGAUCUUGUUUGGAGGCUGGAUCCUUGCUGGAUGUUGACAGUCACAUUCUUUAUUCUCCACUUCCCUGUCAUGUUCCCUUGCCUGGAUUUGAAAGCUUCCGGUUUUGUGUUUCACAGUAUGAGGAGAAAGACAGAAAUCUCCUAAGAAACUUGUGUUUUGUUCUAGGAGCAAAAUUUGGGGAGAAGCUGCAUAAGAAGGUUACGCAUUUGUUGUGUAAAUUCACCAAUGGACCCAAGUAUGAUGGUGCUCGUAAAUGGGGGAUUCAAUCAGUUACAUGUGAAUGGAUAUUUGAGUGCGUCAAACAGAAUGGAGUUGUUGCCAUUGAUCAAUUUUUACCAAAAGAAGUAACUGCUCAAGAUCGAGAGGCGGGACUUUGUACCGUGAGUCAAUUUCCUACCCAGGCUGCUCAAAUGAUAAGUGACAUGCCCUCGCAGUUGUCAAGUCAAUCACAAAUUUUGAGAGGCAUCACAAAUAAAAAUGUGGGUUGUGGAGUUGGUAAUCAUGAGACCAAUUUUAAGAAACCAAGUGUUUAUAGUAAAAAGGCCAGACUUGUGGAAGAGUCUUGCCUAGCUAAUAAGAUGCCUUCGGCAUCAAAUUCAGGUAUUCAUGCCUAUGGAAAGAAUUUUUCUGAAGACAAUAUGCUAGUAGAUGGUGGGGAGGUUUGUCGUACUGUUCCUGAUGUUGCUGCUGCAAUUGAGGACUUGUUAGAGCAGACUAGUAAGAUGCAUGGUCAGAGGUCUCCAGCACAGACAGGGUGUCAGAGCGGUAUUUACCCAUCUGAUCUUUCAGUCCUUGGUGAAGAUAAUUCCAAUCCUCAUACCGUUUUUGGGUUAUCAAAACACUGGUUAAACAGAAGUGACAGAAAAGAAGAUGAUGGGGAGGCUUCUCAAGACAGACGAACAGGAAUAUACGAUGGUUUUAGUGAAACACAGACAGAAUCUCAGGUUGUUGGUUAUGAAGAAGAUUUGUCAGGAAGGCAAAGCCUUAUAGAUAAAUACCGAACUCGAAGUAGCACGCAGUGAAUAGGAUCAAGAAUCUGUUUUGUCCUGAUUUCAAAACAUGAAAGAUAAAAGAAGAAAACUCAACCUUGGUCAGCUAAUGAAGGGAACAUUUUAGCACAUCAACAACAACUUAGUAUAGGUCAAUCAAUUAUGUCUAUUUUAUUAUGUUAUUCCCAUCUCCAAAAUAAAAUUGCAUCUUUAUCUCUAUAGUAACAAGUAUAAAUUUUUUAUCC